AUGGAGCCGAUAAUAAUUCAAAAUUUUAUAAAUGGCGAGUUUUUCCCUUCCGACGAGUUCAUCGAUUCUGUUGAUCCCGCGACCCUUGAAAUCGUUUCCAAAGUGCCAAGAUCAAGGGCAGAUGAUGUUGACAAGGCCGUAAAAAGCGCACAAGCAGCCUUCGAGAGUUGGUCUGUUUUGCCGCCCGCUAAAAGAGCGCAGUACAUUUUCAAAAUUGCUGAUCUCAUCGACGCGAAUCUCGAGCGACUUGCUCUCCUUGAGUCACGAGAUCAAGGGAAAACUGUUGGUGCUGCGAGGAUGAUUGACAUUCCUCGAGCAGCGGAGAACUUUCGAUUCUUUGCCAAAGUCAUCUCCAAUCCUGAACCUGAAAGGACAACUCUAUCCGAAAAUGCUCGUGGGACUCCAUUCACUGCGAUUUCAUCAACUAAUCGAGUUCCAGUAGGAGUUGCUGGACUCAUCUCUCCUUGGAAUUUGCCCUUGUAUUUGCUCUCAUGGAAAAUUGGCCCAGCGCUCGCGUUUGGAAAUACCUGCGUUUGUAAGCCGUCGGAAAUGACAUCAACGACGGCUUAUGAGCUUUGCAAGCUUAUGGUUGAAGCCGGCCUCCCAGCUGGAGUCUGUAACAUGGUAUUUGGAUAUGGACAUGAAGCCGGUGAGGCUCUUGUUUUGCAUCCUGAUGUACCUCUUGUUUCUUUUACUGGAUCAACUGCAAUUGGUGCUAGAAUCAUGGAAAAGACAGCUCCGAUGGUGAAGAAAGUAUCACUUGAACUUGGCGGCAAAAACCCUGCUCUCGUCUUCGAGGAUGCGGAUAUUUCCGCAGCAGCAGCUGGCUGUGCCAUGAGCAGCUUUACCAACCAAGGCGAAGUCUGUCUUUGCACAGAGCGAAUUUAUGUACACGAGUCCGUCUUCGACGAAUUCAUGGAUAAAUUCAUCGCUGAAGCUAAAAAAUUUACUGUCGGGCAUCCCAGAAGUCCAACGACUCGCUGUGGAGCACUCUGUGGGAAACCUCAUUUUGAUAAAGUUAUGGGAUUCUUUGACUAUGCUCAUGAAAAGGGAUACGUCGUUUAUGGCCACGGAAAGGAUCAGCUCGAAUUGCCACAGAAUGUUUCCAACGGUCUCUUUGUUCAUCCGACUAUUUGUGCAAAUGUUCCAGAGGAUGAUAGAAUGAUGACUGAUGAAAUCUUUGGCCCGGUCACUGUUGUUAAUAAAUUCUCGACAGAAGCUGAAGCUAUUCAAAAAGCAAACGCCACUAAAUACGGUCUUUGUGCGACUGUUUGGAGUCAAAAUCUAUCGCGUGUUCAGCGAGUUCCGAGGAAAAUUAAAGCCGGAACAGUUUGGGUUAACUGCUGGCUCAUUCGAGAUCUUCACAUGCCAUUUGGUGGCAUGAAAGCAUCAGGAGUCGGACGAGAAUCUGCUAUUGAAUCGAUGGAGUUCUUCACUGAGCAGCAAACAAUCUGUUCUCUUUAUGACCCCAGAUCAUAG